AAGAAAUCUAACCUUACCGUGGCGUGCGACGAGUGAAGUCGAAGCUUCGUAUGGGAAAUCUUUUCAUCCAUAUACAAAAUUCUAUACACAUUUUUGUCUACGUGACCCGGUUUCACUUAUGUAUCUUCAUCUGGUAAUAGUGAUUUUUGUUGCAAGCGCAUCUCAUUCAAGUCGGCCAUCUUACUGAUAAUGUUUUUACGAUAUUACGAAAGUAUAAUCGCGUGUUAUUAAAAUAAAUGGAAAUUAUGAAGCAUUAAAUGGAGAAUACUGUGAACGAGAAACAGUCUCGUAAAUAUGGCAGCGAGUAAAAUGGUGUAAAGUGCGACAAAAUAGUGACGAAAGAUUGUUUAAUUUUUGACUAGUGUGAUCGUGAAAAAUAAGUAGUUAAAAUGUCUAAUGGAGAUGAAGUGUGUACAUCGGGAAGUGGAGUACAAAUACAAGUGUUUCGUCCUACAUGGGAUGAAUUUAAGGAUUUUAACAAAUACAUACAGUAUAUGGAGUCGAAAGGGGCACACAAGGCUGGACUAGCAAAAGUUAUUCCACCACCCGAAUGGGUUCCCCGAAAGGGGGGCUAUGAUUUGGAUCAGUUAAACAUCACAAUACCAUCGCCGAUAUGUCAGGUAGUGACCGGUAAGCAGGGUCUAUUUCAACAAAUAAACAUACAGAAAAAAUCGAUGACAGUGAAACAGUUUGCCGUGCUUGCGAACUCGGCGAAGUACUGUACACCACGGCACACGAGUUUUGAAGAUCUGGAGAGGAAAUAUUGGAAGAAUGUUACGUAUGUAGCGCCGAUAUACGGGGCUGAUGUCAACGGCAGCAUCACAGACCCUGAUGUUAAAGAAUGGAAUAUCAACCACUUGGGUACAAUCCUGGAUUUUGUUAACUCAGAUUAUGGCAUAGAGAUAGACGGUGUAAAUACUGCAUACCUUUACUUUGGUAUGUGGAAAACAACAUUUGCGUGGCACACUGAAGAUAUGGAUCUGUACUCAAUAAAUUACUUACAUUUCGGAGAACCAAAAACCUGGUACGCUAUCCCACCAGAGCAUGGUAAAAGAUUUGAAAGGAUUGCUGCUGGAUUUUUUCCUACUUCGGCCAAAACAUGCCAAGCGUUUCUCAGACACAAGAUGACAUUAAUAUCACCACAGAUAUUGAAGCAAUACUCGGUACCAUGUAAUAAAAUCACUCAACAGUCUGGCGAAAUAAUGAUUACUUUCCCAUAUGGUUAUCAUGCUGGUUUCAAUCAUGGUUUUAACUGUGCCGAAUCAACUAAUUUUGCCGCACCAAGAUGGGUCGAAUACGGAAAGCGAGCUACUCAAUGUACCUGCAGUAAUGAUAUGGUAAAGAUCUCAAUGGACACAUUUGUUAAGCGAUUCCAACCAGAUCGGUAUGAGUUGUGGCUCAAAGGGCAGGAUAUAGGCUGCCAUCCAGAACAGCCAGAGAAAAUGGUACCAGCUCCCCACCCAUCCGGCCAAGAUAUACUAUGCAAUAAAAAUAACACAGAGCUUCCAGAAUCAUUUAUAGCAGCAGAGGAAGAAGGUUUCAAGAAGAAAAAACGACAUCCUUUACAUUUAAAACGAGCUAUGGCCAGCAAAAGUAUUUCCGAAGGGGCAAUUGCUGUAUCAAUAUUGGGGCAUGAUGUUAUGGAUGAUGAUGAGAUGACAAUGGCUGAAGGGGAUCUAGACAUGAUGACAUCAAUGAAGCGACCCAUUAUGCCAAUAGAACCAGAUGAUCCUCAGCUGGAUGCACUCGAAGAUAUAUGGUUGAAAGGCGAUGAAAUGGAGCCCUCAGAAGCCCAGUUACCUGACGUUGGCUAUAUCGACUCAGACAAAGAUUCAGACUAUGGAGCGCCAAAAACAAAGAAAACAACAAAAGUGCGAAGAAAAAGGAAAGACAGUAUUAAAAAGGAGAAAGUAAAAGAUGAACCAAAUGAUGACGAUGAAAAAAUAAAAAGCAAACCAAAAACACCAGUCAAAACACCAGUCAGGAAGGUUAAGACGAAAAAGCUGACCAACGAACAGUUAGAAUCAAUGGCGGCAGUUGUUUCCACUUUUGACUCGCCACGGCACGACACGACCACCGAAUCAGUAAAUACAGAUAAGACAGACACAUCCCUACCAGAUCCAUUAGUAAACAUCUCUAUAGAAGUCACAGAAGUUUUAGAAGGAGUCACAACAACCACAGAUAUAAAAAAGGAACCAAAGAAGCGGAAACCGGCGGUGAAAAAGGAAGGGGAACAAAAGGAGAAACCUAAAAAGGAGAGAGUUAAAAAGGAGCCGGUUAAACGACAGCCGAAACCGAAGAAGGAGAAAGCAGAAGGCGAAAUCAAAGUACGGAAACCGAGGAAACCGCAAGCACCUAAACUUAACCCAGCGUUCCAGUACCACUCACCCUUAACACCAGUGAUGGCGAGACAGCACAAGGUAUACAACCAACCUUUACCAACAUCUUCUACAGUUUCAAGCACGACAAAAUCCCCACCGAAAGCGUAUUCAGGAUUACUGCUAGACCCAAACCUGAGGGUACCAUCAGUUCUGCCACCGAUCAACAAAAAUCCGAGCGCGUUUGAAAGUGAAUUCCACAAAUUCAUGACCAAGAAAGAAUCCCAUCCACAUGGCGCGAUAUUCCCAGCCCGGAAAUCGAAACAGAAGAAAGUGGAACCGCGACCUCCUCCGCAGUCCGCGACUCCCGAAAAGGAGUUGCCGAAACCCAUCGGACAGUACAAUGAUAACAUAUUCCUAGACGCUCCGAUAGAUUAUAGGACCUACCAAGAUCCACAAAGACCGCAGCAGACCUACCAACCAGAGAGGACAUGGAGGCCGCAACAGCGACAGCAACUUUCUCUGCAACCGGCGUGUCUCAACGUGCUGACGAAGCAAGAAGCGUCACCAUGCGUGGAGAAGGAGGAAGUCAAGGUGGAAGUCGAGAGGUUCAUCGACCUCGCCAGGCAGAUGGAGGCGUUCUUUUUGCAAAAGAGAUUUCUGCUAUCAGCGAUGAAACCAGAACUACUAGUAAAAGAAGACAACAACGAAUUAAAAUGUGAACUACAACGCAAGGACGAGCUAUUGAGGCGGCAUUACGAUAAAAUCAGUCAGUGGCUGAAUCUAUUGGCCGAUUUGCAAGGCCACACGCUAUACAACAAGUGCCAGCAACAAGCACAGCCGCAGCCGAUGCAACAAGCCGCGUCGCCGAUGCAACAACCGUGCAGCGUGCAACAGAGUGUUCAGGCGCAACAGAUGGCAGCAGCAGCGGCCGCGCAACAAGCGGCGCUGCAGCAACAAGCGAUGCAACAGCAACAGGUACCGCGACCGCCCUUACCGCCCGCAUACCCCAGUAAUGUGCCACGGCGGUAGCACGUAAAACAAACAAUAAUA